CGUCUGGCCAGACCAGACCGACCACGCAAAGGCUUUUCCUUGCGUUGGCUUGCCUUCGCCAGAAGAACUUAGGGUUGUCAACUUAGGCUCCUUCCCAAUUCCCAAUUCUCACUUCCCACUUCCUGAUCCUAAAUCUCUGUUUCUUUCUUCGAUCUUCAUGGACGAAUCCCCCCACGAUCCCCCUUUGGAUUUGUGUGAACCAUCCCGUCUUCAACCCGAUGACCGGGGUCCUGACCUGAUGAACCUCGAUCAUUCCCCGACUACUCCACAGCCAGAUGAUUCGCAGCUGGUUCGACUCCCACUCCAGGUGGCUGGACCUGUUCUUGCUGCUGAUUCUUCCGCCUCCCCUAACCUGAAUGCUAAAUUCAAGGAUAAGAGUUUGGAGAUUCGGCGGCGAGGUCGUCCUCCUCGCGGUCAAGUCAAGGCGGCUGUGGCGGCGGCGGCACCGAGGCAGAAGAAGGAUGAGGAGGAUGUGUGUUUUAUAUGUUUUGAUGGUGGGAGCCUUGUGCUCUGCGAUCGACGUGGGUGUCCAAAGGCAUAUCAUCCAUCGUGCAUCAAGCGAGAUGAGUCAUUUUUUCGAUCGAAGGCUAAAUGGAAUUGUGGAUGGCACAUAUGCACAAAGUGCCAGAAGGCUUCCUAUUAUAUGUGUUAUACGUGCCCCUUUUCUCUUUGCAAAGGAUGCAUUAAAGGUGCUGAUUACCAGUGUGUUAGGGGAAGCAAAGGGUUCUGUGGAACUUGUAUGAAAAUAAUAAUGCUUAUCGAGAAAGCCACAACUGAUGGAGAAUCGGUCCAAGUCGAUUUUGAUGACAAAACUAGCUGGGAGUAUCUUUUUAAAGUGUAUUGGGUUUAUUUGAAAGAAAAACUCUCUUUAACUGUAGAUGAGCUCAUUCGAGCUAAGAAUUCAUGGAAAAGAAGCAUUAUCAUGGAUCAGAAGUUGGCUCCUAGUUUGCUUCAUGAUGGUAGUAUUGAUAAAAGCCAUGAAACUCAUAAUUCAUUUAGAAGCCCAAAAUCGCAAAGGAAAAGGCCUAACAGGCAACAUAGCUCUCCUAAUAAACUCAGUUCUACAGUGGACGUUCCAAGUAGUAGUGAGGGGACACUAUUUUCUGGAAGCACGAAAUGGGCAACUACAGAGCUCAUGGACUUUGUUGCACAUUUGAGAAAUGGUGACACAACUAGGCUUUCGCCAUUUGAUGUACAAGCUUUACUGCUGGAGUAUGUGAAGAAAAAUAAUCUUCGCGAUCCUCAACUGCAAUCUCAAAUUAUUUGUGAUUUGAGGCUUACCAAUCUAUUUGGGAAAUCACGGAUAGGUCACUUUGAGAUGCUAAAUCUUCUUCAAUCUCACAUCCACAUAAAAGAAACUGCAGCUAAUAAUGUAACCAACACAGGAGCUGGUACUGUGAUCGAUCCAGUUGAAAGCAAAGAAAAGUAUGAUUGUGAAGUAGUGGAUGAUUGUGAAAACAAGCAUAAAACACGAAUGAAAGCUGAUACUAGCAGGCAGCAGCUAAAUGCAGAUGAAUAUGCCGCAGUUGAUGUUCAAAACAUUAACUUGGUUUACUUGCGGCGUGAUUUGAUAGUGAGCCUAAUUGAUGAUCCUAAGAAAUUUAAUGACAUGGUUGUAGGCUCAACUGUGAGAAUACAGAUUCCGAAUAAUGAUGAAAAGCAUGAUUUUCAUAGGCUUGUCCAAGUUGUAGGCAUAAGCAAGAUCCCUGAACCAUACACCGUCGGUGAGAAAACAGUUGAUGUGAUGCUUGAUAUAUUGAACUUGGACAAGAGAGAGUCUGUGUCCAUCGAGGGGAUUUCUAACCAAGAAUUUACUGAGGAAGAAUGUAGGCGUCUGCGCCGGAGCAUAAAGUGUGGGCUUGUCAAACGAUUCCGCAUUAGUGAAAUUCUGGACAAAGGAAGGGAGCUUCAUGCAUUGAAGAUUAAUGAUCUGCUUCAAAAGGAGAUCUCCCGACUCACUCACCUCCACGAUCAAGCAAGUGUGAAGGGCAACAUGGAUGAAUUAAGAGAUUUUGCGGAGAAGUUGCAACAUCUGAAGUCACCUGAAGAAUACCAGCGCAGGCUUCUCGAAAUUCUUGAAGUACGUUCAGAUCCAACUAUGGAUCCAAGUUACGAGUCUGAAGAAGAUAAGGAUGAAUCAAACAAGAAAAGACAAGGAAGUCUCAAGAGAUCUAGAAAUUGUGACUUUGAGGAACAAGAGGAGAAGCUUAACUCACCACGAAAAGAAACCAAUUCAAAUGGUAGUGGAAGUGAUGUACAUCAAAAUUCAACUAGUACUUCAGAGCAAAGUAGAAAUAUUAGUUUACUUGCUCACGUAAAUAAAGAAGGUGACUGCUUGCCCAGUGACAGAACCUGUGAAACAUCGUGUGCUGAACGAGGUCUUGUACCAAAUAAUUGGAAUGUACCAAGUGAGGCUAAAACUGCCAUUCCUGUGUCCUCUGAUGGGAAUUAUCAAGUGGUCUUACCUGAAGCCUCAAUUCCACCACUUUCUAUUGGGUUAGGAAUUUUUUCUAAUGAUGCAGAAGUGGAAAGGAUAUGGCAAUACCAGGAUCCGACUGGAAGAGUUCAGGGUCCAUUUUCUACGACGCAGUUACGCAAUUGGAACAAUAGUGGACAGUUCUCUCCUGAUCUUAGAGUAUGGAGGAUAACCGAAUCACAAAAUGACUCUAUACUGUUAACCAAUGCAUUAAAUGGAUGUUACAACAAAGCAUCUUCCUUAUUCCACAACAGUCAUCUUCUGAGUCUAGGGCGAGGAAAUGGACUUUCUUUGGAUGGUCCUGAUAAUCAUCAUAAUGAUCAAAGGAAUGGAGGUAUGGAUUCUGGUACAAAUUCUGUUCGGUUUGUCAUGGAUUUUAUCAGGAAUAGCAACUCUGAGCAGAAAGGUCAUGUUGCAGCUUGUGACGCUGAAAACGAGCCUAUGAUGAGCACUGGUUCAAGUUCACCUUCUAAAGAUUUGUGUGCACCUGCUGAUACUGUCAACUCGAAUCAGUCUCCGGCUGGGAACCCUGAGGUAGCACACGAGUCCUUGAAUAACAACAAUUCGUGGUCCUACCCAUCCCUUAUGAAUUUACUUUCAUCCGCUACGUUAUCCUUACAACCACCGGCGGCUGAAAUUCAUCAUGCCAAGGAAAACCACAGCCCCAGUAACGAGGAUCAGAAUUCCCAGACUAUUACUUUGGGAGGAAUUCAUUGCCAACCUGGUCGCAAGAAACGGUCUAAUUGUGAGGACUGUUCUAGUCAAUCUUCCGGACAAAACUGGACCGCUCCGACUGCAGAUGCUUCCUCUCGUGAAUGGAACUCUAAUUGCAGUGGUCUAUCUUUGAUGGGUUCAUUCAAGCCAUCAGAGAUUCCUCAUUCUACCCUGAAACCAAUGAGUGGAGAUGUUGAAAUUAAACAAUCUGCAUCUUCGAGCGUUCUUGUUCAGAAUUCUGGCCCUAGUUGGAGUAGCGCCUUGAGCUUAGCGGGUGGACGACAGCUUCCUAGUCAACUAGCAGCAGGUGCAUGGGGUGGGUAUUCAGCUGCACCAGGUAGGCCGAUUGGGGACUUGAACUCCAGUUUCAUAACUGCCUCUGGUCUGAAAUCAUCUGAUAUAAUCGACGAUCAUGAAACAACUGCGGCGACAAUAAAUUGGGAGGCAAUUGUUGAUGAACCCAAUGACUUCAAUUCCUUGGUUGAUGAAUCUGUCUCAGAUUUGUUGGCAGAAGUGGAAGCAAUGGAAUGCUUGAGUGGUUUGGCUUCCACAGCAUCGAUGGUGAAUUGUAGCGAGGGACUAACUCGGGAUUCUAGAAAUGAUUGUUUUUUUUCGGUCGACGCUUUCAGUCCAGCAGCUGAGAUGGGGAAGGUGGACGCAUUGAGUUCCACAGCCAAUUUGCAGUUUCCAGGUCACAUCAGAGUGAAAGAUGAGCAACCAUGAACUGCAGAAAACUCUCAACCGGUAAUCAAGUCGAGGGACGAAAAUCCUUUUUUGUAACAUAUCACUGAACCAAUCUGAAACUCCGACAAACAAGCAAGACGUACGUACGGGAAUAUUUCCCCGGAUCUUUGGCUUAUGCAGGAAUAUUGUGGGAAUAAGAUCGGCAACGAUUACAGGUCGUAAAAGCUGGACAGACAUUUCUGCAACUGAUCCUGAAAUAUGGCCAAAUGAGCAAUUGUUUUAACACAUUAUGUAGUUCUAGUUCGAGAAAUGAAGAUUCAGUGUAGUUGUAGAUCUCCCUGUGGAACAGACGGCCGCCAUUCAGCGGCGGAAUAGAUGGUCUUCUUUCAGGUUUCAGGCCGCCACCCAAAGGGCAGCGGAGUCUGUAAAUAUUAAUUAUUAUGGAGGAGAAAUGAUAAAAACUAUGCAAUAGAGGAGAGGAGGAGCUCCAUGCAUUUUUUUAAGCAUAUGUAGUUGAUAGUUCCAUUGUUAUACACUGCACAUUCGGUUUUUACAUUCAUUAUUCGUCCGGGAAAGUCGAUCCUUUUAACAUUAUUGUAACUUUUACAACAUGAAAGCUGCACCAUUUAGAAGGCCUGUGGAAUAAUAUGAAUAUCAAUAAUACCUGAUUGUUUAGACUUUUUCACA